CGAGGUCAUAAUACCGAAGGAGACCAAGUCUGUUAUGACAGCUCGACAAGGGCACUGUCUACCGACAAACAAGAACCUCCCGUCCAGGAGGCUUUCAUGCGGCCGGAACGCACUUGAUGUAUGAAGGCCUUGGCACGACAUGUCACUUGUGGCUGAGACAUUCUUUACUUACUGCGCCACCGCUCCGAUCGGUUUUGUCGGUCUGGUAUUCUGCCGAAUUAAAAAAAAAAAAAACCUCACGAGACAUUUUUGAUUAUACGGAGUAGGUUUGAGUUCGAGAACAUCGAUAAUAUGGCACUCUAUUCUUCGUUUGAUUUGAUAUGCUAAAUGGCUUCUACGCAUGAUUUACUACAUGUGCAACUUACUUUUAUUCCAACACUCAUUCUGCAAAUACAUAAGCCAACCUUAAUGCAGCAGCGAAUUCUCCUCGUCACCAAAUUUUGCUAUAACUAAGUAGCCCUUAUUACGGAGAUUCGGCAAAUGACUUCCCAAUCCCAAGCCACGAUUCGCCUGCAUAUUACGCCGUUGAACUCAGAGCUCCUUCCCCUCGUUCUGCCUCCCUCAGUCCGUUCUCUCGCAACGGACGUGUCCUUCCACAACAUCCCAACGUUUCCGGAGAACAAUUACGGCUACGUGACAUUACCUGAAAUGGAGGCCGACAAGGUCAAGAAGAAGCUAAAUGGCUCCAUCCUCAAAGGCCGGAAGUUUAAAGUAGAAUCUGCCCGCCCGCAAAAACGGAAAUCGGAUGAAGGAGAAGAGGAAAAUACCGUGUCAAUCGACAAAUCUUCUUCGGUCAAGAAAUCCAAGAAGCGAAAGGCUGAAGACACUGUCUUGGUUGGUUACGAGCUUCCGUCGGAUCGCAAAGUUAAACGGGGCUGGACGGAGUCGUCAAAUGAUAAAACGGAGCGACGAAAGAAGGAAAAGAGAUCCAGAGACAAGGAGAAGAGGUCCAAAGAACAAAUGAAGUCCAAGUAUACCGAAAAAGAGGAGUGCUUAUUCCGGACGAAGCUACCACCAAACAAGUCGGGGUCUACGGAUGAAAAGUCAAAAAAGCAAUCCAAGAAGAGCAAAGCGUCAUCGGAUACGGUUGUACAUGAGUUCUCUCAAACCACGACUCAUCCUACAUUUUUACGCUCAAAUGACGGCGGCAGUACUCUAACUUGUGCAUUUGAAGACGGUAAAGGUUGGGUGGAUGAGUCUGGAACCCUGAGAGAGUCGGCCAGCGAGAAGGUCAGAAAAGAUCAAUACCGGCCAGGACAAGUUACAGGCCACAAGGAAAAAUCAAAGAAUACCAAAGUCAAACUCGGGCAUGACGAUAUAGAGCCCGAAAAGGCGGAAUCGACGGAAUCAGAAGAUUGGACCUCAUCCAGUGGAUCAUCAUCGGAAUCUGAUACCACAGAUUCAGAGGACGAUGCCUCCGUCUCAUCUAGCUCGUCUAAGAACUCCGAAGGGUCUAAUAUGAACCCACCCCCAAAACAACAGCAUCAACUCCCAGAAUCCGAUGGAUCGAAAGAAGAACAACAGUCCGGGGCGGAACUAGAGGCAUCGUUUGGAGAAAGUUCCACAUCUGCAAACAUCCAGCAGCAGCCGACUGGGGAGGUUCACCCCCUAGAAGCGCUUUUCAAGAAACCAGUAGAUCAGAAGAAACCUGACUCGGAGCCGCCUACACAGUUCAGUUUCUUUGGACAAGAAGAUGCAGAUUCUGAAGAGGAGAGUCCGGGAAACAUAGUACCUCUUACUCCAUUCACCAAAAGGGAUCUGCAAGACCGUGGGACGCGGAGUACAGCUCCAACACCGGACACAUCCCAAGUUAUAAGGACCAUUAACUGGAACGCCCCCGAGGGUUCUGAUAACAUUGGAGAGGAAUAUCUUGUGACCGACAGUCCAAUGCCCAAGUCAGCCGCUAGUUCCGAAAAGGAUUCGGAGUUUGCCAAAUGGUUUUGGGAGAAUCGAGGAGAUAACAAUCGUGCUUGGAAAAAGAGGAGACGAGAUGCCGCUAAAGAACAUAGGCAGAGAGAAAACCGCCGAAAAGGAAUGAAGGGGAAAUCCUGAACAUUUCUUGCUUGCGGAUAUUUGUACAAUAUCAGUAUUUUAAUGUCACACUGAAAUACUCUCGUAUA